AUGACCCCCAUUGGCCCAACACUGUUGCAAUUGCUCUUCGCAGAGCCCCAGGAAUCCCAUCGACCACUCCUCCGCCACAUACCAAUCUUACCAUCUCUCUCGACUGCCUUACUAGGACCGUCUCGCGCACCUCGCCGUUUCCUUGUCCAUGUCCUUUUCCACCACAGCGCCCCGCGCUCAGUGCCGCCGCAAGCCCUCGCGCUCCGCCGCACCGAUCCUUCGCAGACAUCUCCCGCGGCGUAUCCGGUACGGUUGGAGCUCUCCAUGCAGCAUCUAGAUGCUCGCUCGCGGCCGCCGGCAGCCACCCACUCACGCACCAAUCAACGGCCAAGGACGCACAAAACACGGAGCGAGCGAGGUGAGACUGGCGGGCAUAGGCAAGGCCCAGGACUACGGGCCUUGCAGGCCCCCAACGCCGAAGGAGAUGUGCAGCCCGUUGGAGCCAUCGACGAUCGUAGGCCACGCCUUGCUUAG